AUGGAAAAUACCUCUGGAGGGUUCAUUUUCAUCCUGCAUGGGAUGAAUGAUACAAGAACAAACAAACAUAUUUACUUUUCCUUUGGUCUGCUUAUCUAUCUAGUAACUCUGUUUGCAAAUAUAACACUAAUUAUUACAGUCAUUCUUGAUAAAACACUUCAUGAGCCUAUGUAUCUUCUCAUAUGCAACUUGUAUGUAAAUGGAAUAUGUGGUGCUUCUGCUUUCUAUCCUAAGAUCCUUGCUGAUCUUUUUUCAGAUUCUCACAUUAUUUCAUAUAGCGGCUGCAUGUUACAAAUGUAUAUAAUUUAUUCUUAUUCUUUUUGUGAAUUUACAUGUCUAACAAUUAUGGCAUAUGAUCGAUACAUAGCUAUUUGCUUGCCUCUGGAAUAUCAUUGCAUUAUGACACAACAGAAGGUGAUGAAAUUGCUUGUUUUCACUUGGCUCUUCUCUUUACUAGAGACAUCAGUUGGGAUUGCACUAACAGCACGCCUACCCAUGUGUGGAAAUAAUAUUGACAAGAUUUAUUGUUUCAACUGGGAUGUUGUAAAGCUUUCUUGCACAGAUGUCACUUUAAACAAUGUGUAUUUGUAUGUUCUAAUAGUUUCUCAUCUUUCACAAGCUGCUGUUAUAAUAUUUUCAUAUUUUCACAUUAUCAGAGCAUCUUUGCAUUCAAAGACACAGUGGGGUAAAUUCAUGCAGACAUGCCUGCCCCACUUAAUAACCCUGCUUAUCUUCACUGCAUUUCAGCUGUUUGAUGUAAUGUGUGCUCGCUACUGCAGUGGUCAGGGACAUCAAGCCCUGCGCAAUAUCUUGGGUAUGGAGUUUCUUGUUGGUCCACCCCUACUGAACCCCAUAAUAUAUGGAAUGAAAAUAACCCAAAUACGACAUGCAUUAUUGAAAAUCUACAGACACAGACGUAAAUGCUUGCAACACAGUUAA